GCUUAACCAAUACACUCACAAAACUGCGUGAUGGUUGUGAAAAUAGAACUGACUGACCAUCAGGAGGUGGAUGGCGUUGUAUGGUAUGAUGUCCAGGUAACCAACGAGAGCGGAAGGACAUGGACGUUGCAGCGUCGUUACAACGACUUUUUGAGCUUGGACGAAGAGCUUCGCAAAGCCGAGUCGUUGGAGGUUCCUUCUCUGCCGGGGAAGCAAAGCCUAAACCCUCUCAAAAUGCUAGACAAAGAUGGCUUUCUUACUCGGCGAAAAGAGGGCCUCAGAGCCUAUUUGCACAGCUUGGCGGCGCAAAUCCAAACAACUCAGCAAGAUCCGGUGCUGGAAAAGUUUCUGCAGGUGGACCUAUCGUCGAAACCGUCAGGCGACAUGGAGCCUGGUCCUAGCACCAGCGUGGAGUUCACUACACGAUGAUGCUCGAUGUGUGGAGAAAACAGAUCAACAUUUGACGUGGG